GGGACCUGUGACCGACGACCGUUUACAGGUGGUUGAAGCGGCUGUUUGGAUCAAAAUUUUUCCACCAAACAUUUUAAAAUGCGUGGCUUUUUGUGGAUCACUGUUCGUCUCUUUACAAACGUAGUAAUUUGGAACUAUCAGUUAUGCCACGGCGAAAGAGACCCUGACAUUUCCAAAGGAAUGUUGUUUCCACGGGCGUCCGAGUCGCGAGAGAUCAAAAGUCUUGAUGGUAUAUGGGAUUUCCGUGCGGACGAUUCACCUCAGCGAAGCAAAGGAUUUGAUGAUAUGUGGUUUGCUAACCCGUUAACAGAGACCGGACACACCAUCUCUAUGCCUGUACCCUCAAGCUUCAAUGACGUCACAGAGCUACGGUGGCUGCGGGACUUUGUUGGGUGGGUCUGGUACGAGCGGACCAUACAUGUCCCCCAAGCAUGGACCCACUUAAGCCGUCAAACGCGGGUCGUUAUCAGAUUUGAGAGCGUCCAUUACUACUGCAAAGUGUGGUUGAACGGAAUGGAGAUCCUUUCGCAUGAAGGCGGCCAUCUCCCCUUCGAGGCUGACAUCACCGACAAUCUGGAUUACUACCAUAAAAACCGAAUAACAGUCGCUGUCAACAAUACCCUAUCUGACAGCACGGUACCUCCAGGAGAGAGCUCGGUCAGCCAUUACAAAGGGGAAACCGAAGUGACCCAGGAAUACGACUUUGAUUUCUUCAACUACGCCGGCAUUCACCGCUCCGUCAAACUAUACACCACGCCCACAACUUAUCUGACGGACAUCACCAUAGCAACGGACGUCUUGUUCAAUACAGGGAUUGUAAAAUUUGUCGCAGUCAUAGCAACCAGGGCUAUCGAGGGUGUAAGUAAUGACAUCACCAUGCGAUAUGAGCUGCUGGACGCAAAUGGCGGGCUCAUGGCUGUCGAAGAAGGUGCGGGAAAGUUCGCGGGAGAGUUAAAGGUCCCGGGACCACAGCUCUGGUGGCCGGUCGGGAUGAGCGCAAUCGCAGGAUAUCUUUAUUCACUCAAGAUCUCAACUAUAUGGAACCACACAACAGAUGUGUAUCGUCUCCCCGUUGGAAUCCGGACGGUACGGAUCGACGGUAAUCGGUUUCUCAUCAACGACGCGCCUUUCUACUUCAAGGGUUUCGGGAAGCAUGAGGACGCUGAGUUCCGUGGCAGGGGCUUCGAUUAUCCGCAGCUCGUAAAAGACUUCAACCUGCUCAAGUGGUUUGGCGCCAACUCGUUUCGGACCUCGCACUAUCCUUACUCUGAGGAAACGAUGGAUUUGGCGGAUAGACUGGGCAUCGUUAUCAUCGACGAAGGAUCUGCAGUCGGAUUCUCAAAACCAGAAUACUUCAAUGACAAAUCACUGUCUCAGCAUCUCAGCAUGAUAACAGAUCUUAUCAGGCGAGACAAAAAUCACCCUUCAGUGGUUAUGUGGAGUGUCGCUAACGAACCACACACGGACACCGACACCGCGGCCGCCUACUUAAGAAGUGUGAUCGACUUGGCAAAGAAAUUAGAUAAGCAAGCACGGCCUGUUACUUACGUCACUAUGCUGAGUCAUGAAAAGGGCGGGAAAGAGGACAAGGCAGCCCAGUUCUGUGACGUCAUUGCCUUCAACCGUUACUUUGGCUGGUACACGUUUCCUGGGCAACAGAAUCGGAUCGCAGGCGCAUUGGAGUGGGAAAUGCGUGGCUGGUUUGACCGGUAUCACAAACCGGUUUUAAUAACAGAGUACGGAGCGGAGGCCAUUGCAGGACUGCAUAGGGAUCCGUCAGUAAUGUUUACAGAGGAAUACCAAAUGGAGGUUAUGAAGCACUAUUUCCCAGUAUUCGACCGCCUAAGAUGGGAGUUCCUGAUUGGAGAAAUGAUCUGGACCUUCGCGGAUUUUAACACUCCGCAAGCAACAGACAGAACGGGUGGAAACAGAAAGGGAAUUCUCACAAGAGAGAGAAACCCGAAAGCUUCUGCACAUGUGCUGAGAUCCCGUUACCAGUCUAUCGAGUUGACACACUGCCACAGAUGUACCGGCGAUGAGUUAUUGGACACUUUGGUAAAGAAUAUGCCUCACAAAGGUUCUGCUCUGAUUCGCGAAGAGCGCAUCAAUACGACUUUAGACCGACGAACCGUGCAACUGUUUGCCAUGAGUGAUUACCCGUAGUUCUUUGAAACUUCUGCUCGCCAAGGAUACAUUGAUGUAAAGGCUGAUUCAGACAGCACGAUUUAGUCAUAUAGAAUUUGCCCGUGAUACCUCUACAACUCAAGUCGUAGAGUGUAAAUUAGCCUAAGACUCCGCUACGAUGCUCGACUACGAAAGUCGUAGUGUGUAAUUCAGGGCUUUCACCGUGCCGUGAGUUUAGUUCUUUACCGCGCUGUGCGUGUCUCAUGCUAUGCUACUGAUUUGUCGUGCUAUACCGUGCAGUGCGUGUCUCAUGCUAUGCUACUGAUUUGUCGUGCUAUACCGUGCAGUGCGUGUCUCAUGCUAUGCUACUGAUGUGUCGUGCUAUACCGCGCCGUGCGUGUCUCAUGCUAUGCUACUGAUGUGUCGUGCUAUACCACGCCGUGCGUGUCUCAUGCUAUGCUACUGAUGUGUCAUGCUAUACCACGCCGUGAGCCGUGCAUGUUUCAUGCUAUACUACUGAUGUGUCGUGCUAUACCGCGCUGUGAGUCUCAUGCUAUGCUACUGAUGUGUCGUGCUAUACCGUGCAGUGCGUGUCUCAUGCUAUGCUACUGAUGUGUCGUGCUAUACCGCGCUGUGCGUGAGCCGUGCUAUAGAGUACUGAUAGUGUCAUGCUAUGCUACUGAUUUGUCGUGCUAUACCGUGCAGUGCGUGUCUCAUGCUAUGCUACUGAUGUGUCGUGCUAUACCGCGCCGUGCGUGUCUCAUGCUAUGCUACUGGUGUGUCGUGCUAUACCACGCAGUGCGUUUCUGAUGCUAUAAUACUGAUGUGUCGUGCUAUACCGCGCCGUGCGUGUCUCAUGCUAUGCUACUGAUGUGUCGUGCUAUACCACGCCGUGCGUGUCUCAUGCUAUGCUAAUGAUGUGUCAUGCUAUACCACGCCGUGAGCCGUGCAUGUUUCAUGCUAUACUACUGAUGUGUCGUGCUAUACCGCGCUGUGAGUCUCAUGCUAUGCUACUGAUGUGUCGUGCUAUACCGUGCAGUGCGUGUCUCAUGCUAUGCUACUGAUGUGUCGUGCUAUACCGCGCUGUGCGUGAGCCGUGCUAUAGAGUACUGAUAGUGUCAUGCUAUGCUACUGAUGUGUCGUGCUAUACCGCGCCGUGCGUGUCUCAUGCUAUGCUACUGAUGUGUCGUGCUAUACCACGCCGUGCGUGUCUCAUGCUAUGCUACUGAUGUGUCGUGCUAUACCACGCCGUGCGUGUCUCAUGCUAUGCUACUGAUGUGUCGUGCUAUACCACGCCGUGCCUGUCUCAUGCUAUGCUACUGAUGUGUCGUGCUAUACCACGCCGUGCGUGUCUCAUGCUAUGCUACUGAUGUGUCAUGCUAUACCACGCCGUGAGCCGUGCAUGUUUCAUGCUAUACUACUGAUGUGUCGUGCUAUACCGCGCUGUGCGUCUCAUGCUAUGCUACUGAUGUGUAGUGCUAUACCGCGCCGUGCGUGUCUCAUGCUAUGCUACUGAUGUGUCGUGCUAUACCACGCCGUGCGUGAGCCGUGCUAUAGAGUACUGAUAGUGUCAUGCUAUGCUACUGAUGUGUCGUGCUAUACCGUGCAGUGCGUGUCUCAUGCUAUGCUACUGAUGUGUCGUGCUAUACCACGCCGUGUGUGUCUCAUGCUAUGCUACUGAUGUGUCGUGCUAUACCACGCCGUGCGUGUCUCAUGCUAUGCUACUGAUGUGUCGUGCUAUACCACGCCGUGCGUGUCUCAUGCUAUGCUACUGAUGUGUCAUGCUAUACCACGCCGUGAGCCGUGCAUGUUUCAUGCUAUACUACUGAUGUGUCGCGCUAUAUCGCGCUGUGCGUCUCAUGCUAUGCUACUGAUGUGUCGUGCUAUACCGUGCAGUGCGUGUCUCAUGCUAUGCUACUGAUGUGUCGUGCUAUACCACGCCGUGCGUGAGCCGUGCUAUAGACUACUGAUGUGUCGUGCUAUACCACGCCGUGCGUGAGCCGUGCUAUAGAGCACUGAUAGUGUCAUGCUAUGCUACUGAUGUGUCGUGCUAUACCACGCCGUGCGUGUCUCAUGCUAUGCUACUGAUGUGUCAUGCUAUACCACGCCGUGAGCCGUGCAUGUUUCAUGCUAUACUACUGAUGUGUCGUGCUAUACCGCGCUGUGCGUCUCAUGCUAUGCUACUGAUGUGUCGUGCUAUACCGUGCAGUGCGUGUCUCAUGCUAUGCUACUGAUGUGUCGUGCUAUACCACGCCGUGCGUGAGCCGUGCUAUAGACUACUGAUGUGUCGUGCUAUACCACGCCGUGCGUGAGCCGUGCUAUAGAGCACUGAUAGUGUCAUGCUAUGCUACUGAUGUGUCGUGCUAUACCGCGCCGUGCGUGUCUCAUGCUAUGCUACUGAUGUGUCGUGCUAUACCGCGCCGUGCGUGUCUCAUGCUAUGCUACUGAUGUGUCGUGCUAUACCACGCCGUGCGUGUCUCAUGCCAUGCUACUGAUGUGUCGUGCUAUACCACGCCGUGCGUGAGCCGUGCUAUAGAGUACUGAUAGUGUCAUGCUAUGCUACUGAUGUGUCGUGCUAUACCACGCCGUGCGUGAGCCGUGCUAUAGACUACUGAUGUGUCGUGCUAUACCACGCCGUGCGUGAGCCGUGCUAUAGAGUACUGAUGUGUCGUGCUAUACCACGCCGUGCGUGUCUCAUGCUAUGCUACUGAUGUGUCGUGCUAUACCACGCCGUGCGUGAGCCGUGCUAUAGAGUACUGAUAGUCUCAUGCUAUGCUACUGAUGUGUCGUGCUAUACCACGCCGUGCGUGUCUCAUGCUAUGCUACUGAUGUGUCGUGCUAUACCACGCCGUGCGUGAGCCGUGCUAUAGAGUACUGAUAGUCUCAUGCUAUGCUACUGAUGUGUCGUGCUAUACCACGCCGUGCGUGAGCCGUGCUAUAGAGUACUGAUAGUGUCAUGCUAUGCUACUGAUGUGUCGUGCUAUACCACGCCGUGCGUGUCUCAUGCUAUGCUACUGAUGUGUCGUGCUAUACCACGCCGUGCGUGAGCCGUGCUAUAGACUACUGAUGUGUCGUGCUAUGCUACUGAUGUGUCGUGCUAUACCACGCCGUGCGUGAGCCGUGCUAUAGAGUACUGAUGUGUCGUGCUAUACCACGCCGUGCGUGAGCCGUGCUAUAGAGUACUGAUGUGUCGUGCUAUACCGCGCCGUGCGUGAGCCGUGCUAUAGAGUACUGAUAGUGUCAUGCUAUACCACGCCGUACGUGAGCCGUGCUAUAGACUACUGAUGUGUCGUGCUAUACCACGCCGUGCGUGAGCCGUGCUAUAGACUACUGAUGUGUCGUGCUAUACCACGCCGUGCGUGAGCCGUGCUAUAGACUACUGAUGUGUCGUGCUAUACCACGCCGUGCGUGAGCCGUGCUAUAGACUACUGAUGUGUCGUGCUAUACCACGCCGUGCGUGAGCCGUGCUAUAGACUACUGAUGUGUCGUGCUAUACCACGCCGUGCGUGAGCCGUGCUAUAGAGCACUGAUAGUGUCAUGCUAUGCUACUGAUGUGUCGUGCUAUACCACGCCGUGCGUGUCUCAUGCUAUGCUACUGAUGUGUCGUGCUAUACCACGCCGUGCGUGUCUCAUGCUAUGCUACUGAUGUGUCGUGCUAUACCACGCCGUGCGUGUCUCAUGCUAUGCUACUGAUGUGUCGUGCUAUACCACGCCGUGCGUGUCUCAUGCUAUGCUACUGAUGUGUCGUGCUAUACCACGCCGUGCGUGUCUCAUGCUAUGCUACUGAUGAUUGCUCCACCGUGCCAUUACAUCGCAUUAAGCUCAUUAAAUCCAGGACCACAUUUUCAUUUAUGUCAUUUAGGGGAAUGUUAUUGAAGAAUAUAUACUUAAAACCUACCUUUUGACAAAGUUUAAUGAUAGACAACAUUGCCCUUACACUAAUAAUAUGGUCGCGGUUGUUUUUUUUUAAUAACCAAUUUUGUACUUAUUUAUUUUUCUAUUAAAUGGUCAAAAAUUGA